AUGAGGUCUGGUUCAGACAUUUUAAAUGGGCCUAUUGAAUUUGAAGCUAUUGAACCGGAGAAGGAAAAUAUUAUACCUUUGAAAGAGGGCAGAUCUGCCCGUGGAUUAGCGCAGGCGUUAACUUUAGGCUCUUCUGAAUUGCAUGAUACGAGAGUUCAAUAUGAAAGAAGAUUAUUAGAAGAAUUAGAAGACAUGGACGAUCCUCUAGAGUUGUUUUUGGAAUACAUAUCUUGGAUCAACAAUGCAUUUCCUCAAGGUGGAACCUCCAAGAAGAGCGGAAUGCUAGAUGUCAUUGAAAGGUGUAUAAUGUAUUUCAAAGAUAUGGAAACUUAUAAGAACGAUCCAAGGUAUCUGAAAGUAUGGCUAUGGUACGUCGAAUUAUAUUCUUCUGACGUAUUGCAAGAGAGUAAAGACAUCUUUGUUUAUAUGUUUAGAAAACGCAUAGGUGCCAAACUGACAUUAUUUUAUGAAGAAUUUGCAACCUUAUUAUUCCAGAUGGAAAAAUUCAAUGAGGCUCAUAACAUAUUAAAGUUGGGAGUGGAAGAAAAUUCAAGACCACAGAAUAGAUUAUUGAGAAAAUUGAAUGAAUUUGAAGUUAAACUUCGAGAAUUGAAUGUUAAUUUCAGCCAAGAGAAUGCAGCAGAUACAAGAUUCCUAUCUUCAGAUCCAAAUAGUUUCAUUUUAGGCAGACGAAGGGCUUCAUUUACCAAUAAUGAAAAUAAUGUCAACCCCCAGCCGCAGGGACACCAGCAACAAGCAUCUAAAUACGAAGUGUUUCAAGAUAACAAUAUACCCGAUUCCAAUAAUUCAGAAAAUAUAAAUAGAGAAGGUUGGGAUGUUCUGGAAUCCAAGGCAACAAGACGUAAAGAAAACAAACAACAUUCCCUUUUAUUAGAACCAGGAUCUAACGUUGGUACUAUCGAACAAACAAGUGAUGUGAUUCCAAAUAAAAGGCCGUCUUCUUCACAGAAAUUAGCAAUUUUCAAAGAUGAUUUGGGGAGAAGUGAUCCAGUUUACAAAAUUUUACACGUACCAGGAAAAAAGCCUGAAAAGAUUGAUUGUAAUUUCGAUCUGAUAUACCCAAAUCCAGGCGAAGAAUACUGUAUUGAGGAAAUCCUAGCGAAAUCGAGGGAUUUAUAUUAUAGAAGAGAACCAGUCAAGCGAGCCGAAUAUCCCAAGCAAGAUUUACAAGAAAAUAAGAAGAAGAGGAAAUUGGCUCCUCUAGGGGAAAAGAUUCCACUCAGUGGGAAGAAACCAUUGGGGGAGAAGAAACCUACAGAUGAUGGGUUAGCAUUGGUAGAAAGUCAUCCGCUGGACAAGAAAUCACCUGGAAUCUUUCCUCAACCUUCAGGUCCAUCCUCUUCGGAACGUAUCGAUGGAUCUCAUUCACGGGCGGAUGUGGAGCCGCCUUUAGAAUACAAAGGGGUCACAAGAACUUCCAUUCUCCCUCUAAGAGAUACUUCAGAUGAAAUGAAAACCCCUGUAUCUAAUUUGAAAGAGACUCCGCAACCACCCAAGUCUCCUACUAUGACUUUUUUCUCAAACGCGGCAAUGAGCGAAGUUUAUUCCAUGUACAACCAACAUUACAAUGAACCUAAGGAACCUUUUGACAAUAAUGAAACCACCAAUAAAUUUAUAUUUGAUAAUUUAACACAAGAAUUUACGAGGCAACACAUGGACGAUUUGACAGAGAUAAAGCCUACGGAUCAGUCUGCUGGGAAGGAUUCUGAAAAGACCCCCAACAGACAGACAAACGAGAUAACCUUCGGUUCAGAUUUCAAUAAUGAGCAGCAAUUAUAUUCAAAUGGUGCUGCAAAAGAUUUCAUGACACCCAUUCAAGAACGAACUGAGAAGACUGACCAUUUUUCUCCUAAUGGAAAAAACAUCAAUUGGACAUCUCAGAAGGAUGAAAUUAGUAGCACACAGAGUUCCCCAUUUCUUACUCAACCUCAACAUGAGAUACGCGAAGAAGAAAAAUAUCCCAUACUUGAAAAUCCAUUAGAUCCCCAUAUGAGAAGGCAACUGCUGGCGGGAAUAAGACCACCUUUAGAUCAAUAUGAUACGUUCUACCGUUAUAAUCAACCACUUAAGAUGAGUACACUUCUGAAAAGAAUUCAGAAAAUGUCAAAGACUGAGAACAAGAACCCAAUUGUUGAUUUCAAAAAGACCGGAGAUCUCUAUUGUAUUAGAACAGAAUUGGGUGAAGGUGGUUAUGCCACUGUAUACUUGGCAGAAUCCAGUACCGGAAAUCUUCGAGCUCUUAAAGUCGAAAAACCUGCGAGCAUAUGGGAGUACUAUAUUUUGAAACAAGUUGAAGAGAGAUUAAGGGAGCAAUCCGUCCUUCCUUCUAUUAUCAAUGCCAACUCGCUUCAUUGUUUCGAAGAUGAAAGUUAUCUUGUAUUGAAUUACGCAAGUCAAGGUACUAUUUUAGAUCUUAUCAAUUUGCAAAAGGGUAAGACAAGAGGCCCUCUAGAUGAGUGUCUUUGUAUGUUUUUCACAGUUGAAUUGAUGAAAAUAGUAGAAUCUAUUCACCGAGUUGACAUCUUACAUGGUGACUUGAAACCAGAUAACUGCAUGAUUAGAUUCGAGAAUGGUUCUUUGGGACCCUACCGUCCAGAUGGAUCACUUGGUUGGAACAAGAAGGGGAUUUACCUGAUAGAUUUUGGCAGAUCUUUUGACAUGAGACUAUUACCACCUAAUACGAAAUUCAAAGCCAAUUGGAAGACGGAUCAACAAGACUGUCUUGAAAUGAGAAGUGGUAAACCUUGGACUUACGAAGCGGAUUAUUAUGGAUUGGCAGGAAUAAUUCACGCUAUGCUAUUUGGGAAUUUUAUAGAAUCGGUACAGCUACCGAAUGGUAGGUUCAAGUUGAGACAAUCUUUCAAGAGAUAUUGGCGGCAAGCUUUAUGGUCAUCUGUGUUCGACGUUUUACUCAAUAGUAAUGAGUUUGGUCCAUUUCCCAUAACCGAUCAAAUUACGAAAUUGAGACUUGAAAUUGAAAGCCAUUUAUUAGACCAAUUCGAUGAUAAACUGAAAGAGAUUGUUACUGAUUUGGAACUAGAACUAACGAGAUUUAGAAGAUGA